AUGAUCCAAACAGACGCCAGACAGUGAAGGAACCACGGAAAGCGCCAGCUUCAACUUAAGGAGAUAAUACAAAAGGACUGUGAUUUCAGUACCACGGUCAGCGCAUCAAGGGGUUCGAAGAGGAUCAUACCAUACAACCUACGUGUAAAGCGAUGUUACAGAGAAACGGCUCCCAGCUCUUGCUCAUAAUAGCCCUGUGCAGUGUUUUGUAUUCCCGGACUGUGAGUUUACCUUAUGCUUCUAUGAGACCCUCAAGGCACGCAGACGGUCUUUUCACGAGUGGUUACAGCAAACUUUUAGGACAGUUAUCCGCGAGAAGAUAUUUGGAGUCAUUGAUUGGAAAGCGAGUAAGUGAGGACAUGAUGGAGGACCAAAGUCCAGUAAAGCGGCAUUCAGAUGCAAUUUUUACAGACAACUACAGCCGUUUCCGGAAACAGAUGGCAGUGAAGAAGUACCUGAACUCUGUCCUGUCGGGACAGAAAAGAAGCCAAGAAGACCCUCCUAAUGUACAAGAAGAGUCCACCAGAAGUGAGAGCGCCUUCCCAGAAAGCUUUGACGAUGUCAGAGUAGAAGACUUUUUCAACCACCUUCAACUGCCAUUAUGAGGAAGACCCAUUGGAGAGGAUAAGCCAAUCUGCCAACCUCAUUGAUGUGCCAUAUGCAGAAUAUCAGAAAGGACAUCAACAUUAACAAAAUACUGUACAUUUCAAAUUAGAAAUAUCACAUGGUUAUCUAUAAAUGACAAGUUUACACUGUAUAUACCAAAUAUAUACUGUAGAGUGAGGUGCAGGACAGUUAAACAUGUCUGUUGGCCCUUGAACCCAGAAAUUUGCUUCGAAAAGUCCUCUGUGAAUGGUUUCUCAAUAAAUGCAUUGAAUGAAGUAUUGGGCUGACAAAGAACAAUCACAAAAUCCUGACCUAAGGUCCAUAGCAUUUAAUCUACCAUUGAGUACCAUGCCUGGAUCAUAUAGUGACGUAACAUUCUCCCAGUCUUUGGAAAAAUGUCCAUGCAUUUUGUAAAUCUGAAUAAUUUUGUAAAAAGUAUAUCGAUGUUGCCUCUACCUUGAUGCUAAAAUGGCGGGGACAAUGGGGAACAUGGGUGGGAAUCGGGCAUGAGAGAUUUUUAUUUUUAUUUUUUUCAUUCAAGGAAAAUAAAAAAAUUUGAAGAGCUAAA